AUAUUAUAUUGUCAUGCAAACUCUCCUCUGGAAUUGAAAGAAAUUCACCAAAAAAGAAAAGAAAAAAAGGAAAAAAAACCCCGGAAAUUGAGAUUGUUUAAGUUUUGAUCAGGGCAAUCGGGGCAAACAUAAGAAUUUUGUUGGGAAUUCAUCAAUGGCGUCUCUGCGAUACAAAUAUUUGAAAUGGCUUCCACAAUCAAAGGUAUCUUCUUAAUGAUGCGCGAAAAUAUCGGGUGUUAGAUAAAAAGUAAUACCUGGAUUGACUCUUGUCCAUAAAGUGGCAGCCUAUCAUUAAAAAGAAGUAACAAAGGAAAUAACGUGGACAGUACAGAGAGUUGCCAAGAUUGUGAAAAUGGAAUGUAAUAAAGAUGAGGCCCUUAAGGCGAAAGAGGUUGCAGAGUUGAAGGCUGGACAGAUUGAUUUCCCUGGGGCUAAAAGGUUUGCUUUAAAGGCCCAAAACUUGUAUCCGGAGCUUGAUGGUAUUUCUCAAUUUUUAGCCACUCUUGAUGUCUACAUCUCUGCUGAGAAGAGAGCAAAUGGGGUGAUUGAUUGGUACAAGGUCCUCGGUGUGGAACCUUUGGCUGAUGAGGACACAAUCCGAAAACAAUACAGGAAACUGGCUCUCAUUCUUCACCCAGAUAAAAACAAAUCUGUUGGCGCAGACGGUGCUUUCAAAAUUGUAAAAGAAGCCUGGAGUUUGUUGUCGAAUAAAGCCCAGAGAAUUCUUUAUGACCAGAAGCUGAACUUCAAUUAUAUGCACGAAAGAGCUCCAGAUGGGAAUUCAUCCAUGGCAACUAAUCAGAAUGGUUUCCAUAAUUUCUCCAACUAUAAUCAUUUAAAUGCAAGGAUGAGGAGUGCUACUCAUACCAAGCCUUUUCGAACUCCUUAUCCACAGAAACCCACAUUUUGGACCGUGUGUAAUAGUUGCAAGAUGCAUUUUGAGUAUCUUAGAGCUUUUCUCAAUCACAACCUUUAUUGUCACAACUGCCAUCAGCGCUUUUUAGCGUAUGAGACACCACCCCCACCUAUAAAUGAAAAUGGUUCAUCCACUUCAUGGACAUCCUACAUUCAGCAACAGAAUUCUAGUCUGCGCAACAAGACCAAGAAUUCAUAUGCUCCGGGAAGGACACAGACUGCAACCACAAAUGUGAAAUUAGAAGGAAUAUCUGGUGUUGACACUUCAAAGAAAACUUUUCAGGCGGGUAUAUUCUUCAAGUCAAAUGUUGAAAGUGUGCAGUUACCAGCUUCCAGUGCUGGUCAAGCUGCAGGUGACGUUCAGCCAGCAUUUGGGCAAUUGAAGAGAGGGCAUGAAGAGGCAUUUCCACACAAGGAGGCCCAUAAUAGGAAAAAUCUUUCUUCUAAGAAAGCAGAUGCUGCCUUAGCUACUGGGUUUCCCAGUGUUGUUUCCAGUUCUGUGCCCAACAAAGACAGGACUAAAAAGAAAAGGCAUCUGAACAGGCAAGAGAUGGCAACUCAAGUAGGAGUGGAAACUGGAGGAGUUGCUAUUAAAAGUGUAUUUGGACCUAACAAGGGUAUUGCUCUUAUGGAAAGGUCUGAUGUAGCCGGAAAGCAUAGAAUUAAUUGCACAAGGGAGCUAUCACAGCAACAAAUGAGAAGUAUGUUGAUGGAAGUGGCUAAGAAAGAAAUUCACAAGAAGCUUAAUGUAUGGAAUGAGGCUGCUACACCAAAGACUUCAUUUAUACCAAAAACUGCAGAUAAUAACGAGGUGAAGGAGAAGGAAAAGGAAGAAGCUGCUCUGCAUGGUGUAGAAACUGACGUGACAGGAUAUAGGGUAUUUGUGGAUGCCAAGAAUGUAACGCAUGGCAAAAGGCCUUCCCCUGCCAAUUCUGGUGUUGACUCUGAUGUGGAGGAACAUAAUACAGUGUCAAUGACUGUUCCGGAUCCUGAUUUUCACGAUUUUGACAAGGAUCGCACGGAGAAGUCAUUUGGUAGCAAUCAGGUUUGGGCUGUGUACGAUGAAGACGAUGGCAUGCCUCGUUAUUAUGCUAUGGUUCACAGUGUGAUAUCUUUGAAACCAUUCAGACUUCGGAUUAGUUGGCUUAAUUCCAAAAGCAAUAGCGAACUUGCUCCACUAAAUUGGAUUGCUUGUGGUUUUCCUAAGACUAGCGGGGAACUCCGAAUAGGGAAGCAUGAAGUCUAUAGGCAUCUUCCUUCUUUCUCACACAAGGUUAGGUGGAAAAAAGGCACAAGAGGAGCAGUUCGCAUAUAUCCAGCAAAGGGAGAUGUCUGGGCUUUAUAUAGGAACUGGUCUCCUGAUUGGAAUGAACAUACCCCAGAUGAAGUGAUACACAAAUAUGACAUGGUGCAAGUGCUUGAAGAUUACAAUGAGGAGCAAGGUGUGAGCAUUGUCCCGCUGGAUAAAGUAGCUGGUUUUAAAACAGUGUUCCGCCAACAUUUGCAUCAAAGUAAAACCAGGACAAUUCCAAGAGAAGAAAUGUUUCGCUUCUCUCACCAGGUCCCUUCUGUCUUGCUCACUGGUCAUGAAGGUCCUAAUGCUCCCAAGGACUGCUUGGAGCUUGAUCCUGCAGCUACUCCUUUGGAGCUGCUUCAGGUGAAAUCAGAAGCAUGUAAGGAUGAAAUGGAGGAGAUAGGUGAAACAUGUAAUGGAGAAGAUCCACUGGGAUGGUUGAAAAGCACCAAGGAAGAGGCUCUGGUGGAGAAUGGAAAAAUAACUAUAGAAACAGGUUUGGUAGAUGAUCCUGAGAAAAAAGAUGUGGCAGACAUGAUGAAGAGGGAAGAGGUAUCCCGAGGAGCAAAGUUGCUAGUAUAUAGUCGGAGAUGUUUCAAGAAAGGAAAAAUGGAGGCUGCUAAGUGAUUGCAGCUUUAGUGGACUUGUCGUAAAUAGAAGGAAUCAACUUUUGUUUUUUGUUUUAUGUCAUUUAAUCUGUGGCACUGGAAGUAGCAAAGAUCAUUUGAGAAGAAGAAGGCUUGCAAUCUCUUCCACCCGUUGAAUUGAAAGUCCAUCCUCUUUUCCUGCAUCUUCUUUGCCAAUUAGGCAGGGCAGUUAUCAUGAGUCACAAGACUGAGGUACAGCAGUUUUUGUUCACUUUUGUUUAUGUCGAUGGAUCCACAGUUUUGUUCAAAGGCAUGCAAUGCCCUUGAGACUAGUUUCAGCUGUAUUUGUGACUUGAACCACAGUUUAGGA